UUUCCAAGUGCCGGAAACAAAAGUUUCACACCAUAUUUUGGGUGGCAUCAUUUUUACGCGCUAAAAAGUGAAUUUUGAGUUUUGUGCUGUAAAAUGGACACAUCGAACAACGUACGCCUGCAACUUCAGCAGCAGCAGGCACGCAAAUCGAAUCAAAACAUUCAGGUCUAUGUACGCGUUAGGCCGCUGAAUCCACGCGAGCGAUGCAUACGCUCCGCAGAGGUUGUGGAUGUGCUCAAUCCACGCGAGAUCCUCACACGCCACACCCUCGACUCGAAGUUGACGAAGAAGUUUACGUUUGAUCGGAGCUUCGGCCCCGCGUCCAAGCAAUGCGAUGUCUAUGCGGUGGUGGUGUCGCCCCUGAUCGAAGAGGUGCUAAGCGGCUACAAUUGUACGCUUCCAAGGCCAAAACAAACACCUCCUCAUCUGGGUGGCCGGACCAGCAGCCACUCAAAACGCCAUUACAAUCCGACGACGAACGUGGCCGAGGAGGCCAGGCCAAUACAAUGACAACACAUCGUGGGUGGCCGGACCAGCAGCCACUCGGAU